ACGUGUUCCGUCGAAGGUUUAAUUCUUUUCUUAAAAAAACAAAAACAAAAACAAAAAAAGAAAUUGUUCGGAUUUUCGCCCAGAAUAAAAGAGAAUAAACAAACCCCAAAGAGAGAGAGCAAGAGAGGGGAACGAAAGCUUGGGACCCCAGUCCAGCGGUUUUCUCUCACAUCAUCAUCUAACUAUCAGCCAUGGACUCGAAUAAUCCUUCCGGCUUCCCAACUGCAAUGCAGCAGACCGCGGCUUUUCCUGUCACCACUCAAAGUCCCCAACAGUUCCCUUACUAUCCCAAUGCUAUGCCCUCAUUUCCCCAGCCUAAGUCUACACCUCCAUCCCAUAUGACUCCUCAGCAACAAUUACCGCAUUCUUUCAAUUCCGUGCCUAUGCAGGCCGGCCCCGGUGGAGCAAUGAUGCCGACUGGCUUUCCCCAGCAAUCACAAGGACCCCACGCCAGCUUCGCGGCGCCAUUUGCCCAGCCACCUGUCCCGACUUCGAUGGGCCAAUUUCUUCCUCCCCAGGCGACUUCAGCUGCUGCGGUUUCUGGCACUGCUGCACAAUCAUUUUCUUCCAACAUGGCCUCAAUUCCCUCGGCCAACAUGAUUUCAGCGCAACAACCGAGACCGACCCCGCAACCCAACCCGGUGCCAAAUUCGUCUCCUUCUGCCCCCCAGUCGCCUGCCGCGGCUGCUCGAGAGAAGGCUCGGGUGACGGUUCUUCUGGAUAUCAACUCGAUGCUGCUGCAGGAAGUCAUAAAUCUUCAGGCAGCCGGCAAGGCUGGGACUGCGCCUACUCCGCAAGGCUCUCAAGAGUCCAACCCGUCGCCGACCUCGGAGCAGACUUCCGACAAGUCUAACCAGCGCCCAAGCCCGGAGUAUGUCGAGUGUAUGCGACGGUUGCAAGCCAACCUGGGUUAUUUGGCAACCGUGGCCGACCGAGCCAAGAAGUCAGGUGGUGUUGCUCCUGGCGGCCCUGCCAUCAUGACGCCACCGCCACAUAUGCCCUCAAUGACCGAUCUCUACAGCCGACUCAGUGAAUUGUGUCCUCGCUCGACACAAGGUAGCAUGGGAACACCUCAGCCUAGUCCCCAGGCCCUACAAGGAAACGGCCGCCCCAGCCCUUCCCCCGCUACCGAGACAGUCGUCUGAACACCCACCCUUGGAUAGACAGAGACUCUAGACCCUGCAGAUCAUCGAGGGCACCUUGGCGACGGGCGCAAGUGUCGCCCUUGAACGAAAGUUUCCAUUGAAGACUUCUAUACCGGAUUGGAAGCUUCCCUGUCACUUCUGUUACGUAGUGAAGGCUAGUAUCGACAUGAGUGCGAUACAUAGGAUUGGGUAGUGGUCUGAACCAGUGCU